ACGAGGCCCCCGCCCGCUUGGCCAGGCAGGACAGACCAGCUGGCUGGCCUUGGCUGGCACCUAUGCUUCGGGUAUAAAAGCCUGAUCAAGACUCACCAGGGCGCAGUUCGAAUUGUUCUCCUCGUCCCCGUCCACUUCGUCAGCGCAUCAUGAGGGUUCUGAUUUUCUUGGCAGUGCUGGGCGUCUGCUCGGCUUUACCAUUCAUCCCUGACGACCCUGAAGUGGCGGCUGAAAAGGCGAGGUUCUUCAGGACCUUCAAGAUCAUCGAGGGCGCGUCGAGGCCCAAGGGAAGCGGAUUCUCCCUCCAGCCAGCCAUUCCCCAGCACCUCUUCACGCAGCCUCGCCCUCAGCCCAAGUGGACGGGGCCCCUCGCCUCCAAAGUCCCCGCCAGCCUGCCCGGGUCCACUCCCUUCGUGGAACCCACUCCUGAUGUGAACAACGCCCGCGCUCACUUCUUCAACACCUAUAAGGCGCAGGUUGCUGCCACCAUGCCCCGCCCCGGCUCUCCCGCUUACUAUUACUCCCCUGACCCGGCCCCCGCCUACUCCGGUGAGCCCGUUAAGAAAUGGACGGGUCCCCUCGCGUCUGCCGUCCCUGCUAGUGUCCCAGGCUCUUCCCCCGUGGUCUUCGACACCCCCGAGGUGGCUAGCGCUAAGGCCAGCUUCCUGAACACCUACAAGCGUCAGGUCGCGGCGGUCGUCCCCAAGAUGUACUUCGCUGCGAGCGGAGAGGAGGUUGUGGGUGUAUAUAACGCGGGCCCGAGGCAGGUCGGCACAGUCUGGCUUCAGCCCCACCCAUUCACCCACCGCACUCACGCCGCCGAGAUGAGGACUUUGGUCGUGUUGGCAGUGAUGAUGGCGGUCUCCGCCCGUCAGGCCUCCGCCAGCCCCGGGUACGGCUAUGGUCAGGGGCACGGCUACGGCUACGGUCAGCCCCGCUACGUGGGUCCGCUGGCCUCCAGCGUCCCUGCCGGCAUUGGUGGCAAGAUCAUUCCCGUCUCGGACACGUACGAGGUGGCUGCCGCCCGCGAACAAUUCGCUCGGGCUUACAAGGAUCAACUCAACACCAUUUACGCCAUCCGUGCCAGUCGCUACGGCAGCCCUAGCUAUGGCUACGGGGCGCCAGCCUCCUACGGAUCCGUGGGCCCCAAGCACGUGUCCCAUGUCGCCUACAGUCCUGCCGUGCACGUGCCCCACGCUGGCUACGGCGCCUCCUCCUACGGUUACCACGGCGUGCCCACGCAAGUGCACGACACUCCCGAAGUAGCGGCCGCCAAGGCCGAGUUCUUCCGCCUCUACAACAAGCAGGCCGCCGCCGCCGCCGCCGCCCCCGACGACUACGCAUACAAAAGCUACAAACACUACUGAGACACACUGUUGUUUACCUGUGUAACGUGGACUAUGUAUCAAAGCUGUGACAUAAGAAA